UGGACAGAAGAUGUUUCCAGUGGGCUGGACUAUUCACCCCGGAGGGUUGGCAGAUUGCGAACUUUCAGGAAGGAAACUAGUAGCUCCCGGUCACAGCCCUGCCUCCUGAGUAGUGGAAUGGAAUGCACCCGGAACUCACUUCCUCUUGAAGACGAGUGUUGAAUUAAGAAAGUAGUUGCACCUGUUCCCAUGAAACGUUCAUGUUUGGAGAGAUGGCAACUUGACAAGCACAAGAAUAACAGUAGCGAACGGGACAGCGUGUUGUAAUGUCGUCCCAGGCUGAGAACGUGGCGGAACUUUUAGAAAUAGACAUAUGUGACGGCGACAUCUGCUCGGAGGGGGAGAGCGGAGUGUUCAUCAACUCAGGUACAGGUGCGUCACUCUUAGACGGCUUCUCGGCGUUUCAGCAGUGGACCGGACCUAGUUCUCGUUCCUCUUCAGGCCACAACAACACAGACUUUGUCUCAAAGAGACCGAGAGAAACAUCAUCCCCGAGUCUGUAUCCCCAGAACGGCCUGGGGUCUGGAGCCGGUGAUCGUGUGACCCUUGGCGACCUCCAGGGUCAGGAUCUCCGAGCCCCCCGCUCCUCCAUAGUGGACUGUCUGUUGGUGGAGCUCUAUGACACCUACAGCAGCGCUCGGCUCAGUGUUGACAGCCCGGAUAGCAGUACCGAGGCGUCCAGCUCUGAGCUGUUCUGCCGCAGUAAUACUGGAUCCAGCUUCCUCCAGGAACUACAAGAGAAACACACCAGGAGACACCAGGUCAUCUACCUGUCUCAGAAAGCACCAGAAGAGUUGAGCUGUAUCAUAGGAGAGGUACGCUACAGGACCGGUCUCCAGUCAGCCAAGCUGCUGCGCCAGCUGAAGAGGAGAGACCGCCUCAGUCACAAGCUCCAGAAGAACUAUGACAUCAUCACCGCCUGUCUGCAGGCCGUGUCCCAGAAGAGAA